AUGUCGGCGUGUAGUGCAUCGCCCAAGAAAGGUUGAAAAAUGACGUUUGCUCUCUUAAACUUGACAUUGGGUCAGACGUGACAGAGGUCGUUGGAAGAGAGGAGAAACCUUCGGAGAAGUGCGUAGAAGGCCGUGAGAGCGGAUCCAAGGCCCAGGACCUCGCCCAUAUCCUCAUGCAAAACUAUUCUAGGUAAGCUUUCAUUCGAUAAUUUAACCGAUAAAAAAGGAAAAAGCUUUUUAUCGAUCAAAGAAAAGUCAAUGAAAUUCAAGAUAAUCGAACGGAAAGAAUAAAAAAAAGGAAGCUGAAGUUGGCUUUUUGGCCCAGCCUAAACGCGGAUGGCGCAGAACAAGUCAUUUGGCUUUUUGGCGAGCUCGCAAGCACAGUUCUCUCAUUUCACGAUAAUUAAUUGCAUUUCGAAAUUCGGUGUGAAUAUUACAGAAACGCGCUUCCGGAGCCUGCUCCGGUGAACGUCCUCGUUGAGAUCACAAUCCAAGAUAUUUCUGAUAUAUCUGCUAUCACUGGAACUUUUGUGAUUGAUUUUUGGAUCAGUGCGAUUUGGUUGGAUAAAAGGUAAAAACCUUUUUUUUGGCAUAACCAGCAGUCAAUUCAGGUUAGCAUUCGGCCAUCUGGACCCAUGUCGACGCAACUUAUCUCUGGACCACGACAUGGAACCCAAACUCUGGUCUCCAAACGUCUGUAUCGUCAACUCCAAAUCCACAAAGGUAUGUCGAUCAUGCCUGAAACGUUUCUUUUCUCCAAGCUGACCCGAAGAAAGUCAGGUUCACGACUCGCCGAAGCCCAACAUACUGCUCAUGAUUUUCCCCAACGGCACUAUUUGGCUCAACUACCGAAUUCGAUCUGAAGGUUUUUCACUCUUUAAAUAUAUUAAAAUUUUUUGACAGUUAAAAUUAUUAUUUUUCGAAAGGCAGUCGUUGGAGGAAUUACAUUUUUUUCAUCUUUCGGCUGCAUCAAAACUUAAAAAAAUGUCUUGGAUUUGUUGAAUCAAUAGUAAAAAAAUGGCUGUAGGAACGGCGAUUUCCCUCUUUAAAAAAACUACAGAGACAAACAAAAAGUUUAUAGAGGCGAACAUUGAAAUAAAUUAAAAAGAAACGUUUUUUUCAGAGAUUUUUAAAUUGUGUUAAGUUUUCAGAAACCCUAAAAAAAUAUUCAAUCACUGUUUUUGAUUUAAAAAAAGAUCAAGCUCGCAAAAAUAAGAGAAGGGUAAAAUUCUAAACACACCUCAAAAAAAGAAGUUAUAGUCAAUGUUUCCCGACUUGAAAGGCGAGGGAGGCGGGGAAAGGGGCGGGGCGCGUAGCGUGUGCGUUCGCGGUUCUUGGCACGAGUUCAAUUCAACGGCCAGCGAGCAUUCAGAGAGCUCAUUUAUCGCUCUUUUUACUUCUUUUUUAAUUAUUUAUUGAUUAUGUUAAUUUUUGCAUCAAAAAGUAGUAGAAAAUACAGAGAAAGAGCGGUCGCCGAGCUUUUUACAUAGUCGGCGGCGAUUGAAUUGAACUGGCGCCAAGAACCGCGUGCGCACACGCUACGCGUCCCGCCCCUUGCCCCGCCUUCCUCCCCUUUCAAGUCGGGAAACAUCGACUAUAUCAAACGUUCCCGGAAUUUUCAGCACCGUGCCAGAUGAACUUGAGAAGUUUUCCCCUGGACAGCAUCAAAUGCUCUCUGGUUCUCGAGAGCUACUCUUACAACGCGGCCGAGGUGUCCCUCCAGUGGCUCGAGUGGUCUCCUGUCAGCACCAUCCGAGCUGACUACAACCUCCCCGACUUCAAGCUCACGAACGUCACCUACGGCAACGUCACUGAGGUUUUCUCUUUUUUCGUAGCAGGACGAAUGGGCAUCAUGUGUCAAUUGCAAGUAUUCAUUCUAGAUUUACACGGCCGGCAUCUGGCACAGACUCUCCGUUUCUAUUUAUUUCGAACGUCUUUACGGGUUCUACAUACUGCAAGUGAGUACUUAAGGGUUUUUCUUUCCUUAUUUGGACUUCAAGAUGUACCUUCCCACUUACAUAUCAGUUUUCAUCUCAUGGAUCGCCUUCUGGAUGGAUACGAGGUUUCUGGGAUUUUUAUUUUUAUCAAAAUGCCUUCGUCACCAGAGCUUUGCCAGCGAGGAUAACUUUGUCUGUUUCGUCUUUGAUGGCUUUGACGUUUCAAUUUGGAAACAUCGUCAAGUCACUUCCCAAGGUUUUGAUCAAGAUUUACCAGUUAAACCCAUUUUUUUUUCUUUGAAGGCUUCCUACGUCAAAGCAAUCGACAUUUGGAUGUUCAGCUGUGUUGGGUAAGCAAGCAGCAGCGUUCAGGAAGAAGAAAACUGAGAUAUUUCCAAAUUUAACGCACUGGAAGGCUCCACAUGAGGUCCUCGCGUUUUUGGAAAACAGAGCUAUCAACUUGACUAAACCAAAAAAAGUUUUCCGAAAAUGCAGAAAUAAAAUAAAUAAUAAUCGUGUCAAGAGAAUCCUUGGGAAUAUUUACUCUUUUUUUUUUACAAAAUUCGCAGACAGCGAAAAAUCAAAUAAAACCUACACACUGACUGAUUGAAAUAAAUAUUUAUGAUUAAAAUUGGUAAAGUUGUUUGAAGAUUUGGAGAAAAAAAAGUCUCUGAGACAUUCUCAUACAACAUCCUUAAAAAGGUGAGGUAAAAGGAUUAGAGAAUCAAAAGAAAAUAAUCGAUUGAGCAGGAAUUACAAAUAUGCUUCUGCUCUGAUUGCUCUUUCCGAAAACUGAAAACGGGCAUCUGCAUUGGCGAGAAAAGCGACAAAUCUGUUACAGAUUCAUUUUUUGCUCUCUGAUCGAGCUCGCAAUCGUGGCCUACAACGACAAGAUGGAGGACCAGCGAAUGCGCGGGUCUCGUCACUCGCUGAGCAACGCGUUCGUCAACGGUUCUACCCCGAUGCCGUACUCCUCUCGGAGGUUUCUCUCUCAAGAGAAUUGCAUCAACAUUACCAGCAGGAACGUUAUGGAAAACGCCAGGAAACCGCGUCUUGCCGACCUGAGCGCCUCUCUUGAUCGGGUCGCCAGCAUGGCUUUUCCGGCGGUAUUUUUCUCUUUUUGCUAGCGCUGUAAUUAUAUUCAAGAUGUCAGAAAACGAAAAGUGAAACUUAUGUAUUUGCUUCAUCGCGUUUUUCUUUCUCGAAAUAAAUUUCCUUUUCAGGCUUUCGCUGUGUUCAACCUCGCUUACUGGACUUAUUACCUCACCAGCAGCACUGACCUCUGA